CGCAAAUCGACAAGCAGACAAGGCGGAUUUCAACAUGGCUCGAAGAUCGCUAGCAGAGCAAUACGCGGAACUUGACGAUCCGACUCCUAAAGAUUUCGAUCCCGAGGACUUGGAUAACGCCGGACCGGACAGCGACGAUGAGGGCGGCCGAGAGGUGGAUGAAGAUGCCGGUAGAGAGCAUUACCAAGCUGUAGGCAAGGGCAAGCUUCGGAAACAGGACCCGAUCACCCUGGGGAAACAAUACGCCGGGUCCAAGGUCAGCAGAGAUGCCCUUGAGGCCGAGAGCGACGAUGAUCCAUUCAGAGCGCGUUCCGGUGACGAGGAGAGCGACAGUGAGGAGGACGAUGGAGAAGGUCUCGAGCUUGGAAGCGACGAGGACGAUGAUGAUGACGAGGAGGGCUCUGAGGAGAGUGAAGAGGACAAACCUACGAAGUCUCGGGUCUCUGGGAAGGAGAGAAAGAAGGCAGCCGAUUUUGACAUGGACACCGAUGGGUCAGAUGAGAUCGAAGGAAGCGAUGGAUUCUCGGAUGAGGAUGAGAUACCCUCUGACGAGGACGAAGAUGACGAUGGUGAGGACGAUGACGAGGACGAGGAAGACGAGGAAGACGAGGAUGAAGAUGAAGACGAGGACGAGGAUGAGAAACCCAAGCCCUCCAAACGUCGCGUCACAUUCGACCAGCCCGCCAAAUCCGACGACCGGGACGAACUGCGCAGACUGAUGGCCACCGACCAAAAGAGCAUCGCGGCCACGCUCUCCCAAGCCGCCAAAUCCGACGCAACCAAGGGUAAAGCGGUCAAGCAACAGCGCGCCACCUUCGACGCUCUUCUCAACACCCGGAUCAAGCUACAAAAGGGUCUGACGGCGAUCAACCAGCUCUCGCUCGCAGAUCAGGACACGGAGAAUGCCGACGGCGAGGCCAUCAAGUCCGCCGAAUCGGCCGCCCUGGCUCUCUGGUCGACCCUUGAGGAUCUGCGCCUGGCCCUGGCCGACGCGCAUUCCCAGGACGAGUCCAAGAAGCGAAAGAGACCCUCGGUCGCCUCGCCGUCCACAUCCUCGGCCUCGCUGUGGAAACGCAUGACCGAUCUCGAGUCCGACUCGAACACCCACCGCCGCAGCAUCCUGGACAAGUGGUCCUCCAAGGUCCGUGGCUCCAACGCUGCAGCCCCGAACGCCCGCGGAAAGCUUCUGGGCGCCGCGACCGGCAGCCAGCAGACCAUCACCGCCGUUUUGGACGCCCAGAUCGCCUCCGAGACCGGCGACCGCGCCGCGAAGCGUGCGCGCACCCUGAGCGGUGGCUCCAACGGUGCCGGCGAGGACCGCGAGCCUGUCUUCGACGACACCAUCUUCUACCAAUCCCUGCUUCGGGAUCUCGUUGAACAGCGCAUGUCCUCGUCGGACGCCGUCACAAAUGGCAUCGACACCUUGCAUAUCCAGCUGCCGUCCCGCCUCAACUCCGUCCACCCGGUCACCGGCAUGUGCAAGGACAAGGUCAAGAGAGACAUUGACACUCGGGCCUCCAAGGGUCGUAAGAUGCGGUUCGAUGUUCACGAGAAGCUGCAGAAUUUCAUGGCACCGGAGGACCGGGGUUCGUGGUCGACCCACGCCCGAGAGGAGUUCUUUGCCUCCCUGCUUGGAAAGACGGCCAGUGGUCUACUAGGAGAGGACGAUGAGAAUGCCAGUGGCGCUGAGAGCGAUGAAGAUCGCGAGGAAGGUGGAUUGAGGCUCUUCCGUAGCUAGAUCUACGUCUGAAAAAUCGUGUAGAACAUUUCUUGGAUAUAUUUGGAAGCAUAUUCUUUAGCAGCUUUUCACAAAAAAAAAAAUCGC